AUGGUGGAUGAUGAUGGUGGUGAUGGUGAUGGUAAUGAUGAAUGUUUCUUCAGCCUUGUUCUUAAUAUCGGCCUUUUUAUGGACAGUGAAGAAAUCCAUGUUCUUGUUUUAUGCAUUCACUGGCAUGGAAUCAGACAGAUUGGAACGCCAUGGGCAGACGGUACUGCAGGAGUCUCUCAGUGUCCUAUCAAUCCCGGAGAGACUUUCCUUUACCGCUUCCUCCUUGAUAAGGCGGGAACAUAUUUUUAUCAUGGACACUACGGAAUGCAAAGAUCAGCAGGGUUGUACGGAUCUCUGAUUGUCGACGUGGCAGAAGGAGAGAAAGAACCGUUUGAUUACGAUGGCGAGUUCAAUUUAUUACUGAGUGACUGGUGGCACCGGAGCAUUGCCCGCCAAGAAGUUGGUCUCUCCUCUGUACCGUUUCGUUGGAUCGGUGAACCCCAGAGUCUGUUGAUUAAUGGAAGGGGACAGUUCAACUGUUCCGUGGCGGCGCAUGUUAGCAACACGUCGACUCCUCAGUGCAAAUUCAGAGGGAACGAACAGUGCGCACCUCAAAUUCUUCAUGUUCUGCCGAACAAGACCUACAGACUUAGGAUUGCCAGCACCACCGCAUUAUCUUCUCUCAACCUAGCUAUUCAGGAUCACAAAAUGAUUGUAGUGGAAGCAGAUGGAAACUACGUGGAACCAUUCGAAGUAGAAGAUAUUGACAUUUAUUCCGGCGAAAGUUACUCGGUGUUACUAAAAACAAACCAGAAACCGUCCCAAAAUUAUUGGAUUGCCAUUGGAGUUCGAGGAAGAAAACCCAACACUCCACAAGCCCUAACCAUUGUAAACUACAAUACCACUUCGACAUCUAAACUCCCUCCUUCCCCUCCUCCGGUCACUCCCAUAUGGAACGAUUUCGCCCGAAGCAAAUCUUUUGCCAACAGACUCUUUCCUCUCGCUGGCUCCUCCGCUCCUCCGCCAAGGCAACAUCACCGGCGACUCGUCCUCCUCAACACCCAGAACUUGAUAGACGGUCGCAUCAAAUGGGCUAUCAACAACGUCUCCCUCAAGGUAUCUGGAACUCCUUAUCUGGGUUCAAUCAAAUUCAAUCUCAAAACAGCUUUCGACCAUCGUUCUCCUCCUGAGAGUUUUCCUAAAGAAUACAACGUGAUGGAACCGCCAGUAAACCCUAAUUCCACUUUGGGCGACGGUAUUUACGUUUUUAAAUUUAAUUCAACGAUUGAUGUAAUUCUUCAAAAUAGCAAUGCACUGGAGAGGAACACGAGUGAGAUACACCCGUGGCACUUGCACGGGCACGAUUUUUGGGUGCUUGGGUACGGAGAAGGAAAGUUUAAAGAGGGAGAAGAUGAUGAGAAAUUUAAUUUGAAGAAUCCGCCGCUGAAAAACACUGCAGUGGUUUUCCCCUUUGGAUGGACCGCGUUGAGAUUCGUCGCUGAUAAUCCGGGAGUGUGGUUUUUUCACUGUCAUAUAGAGCCUCAUUUGCAUAUGGGCAUGGGAGUUUUGUUUGCUGAAGGAGUCAAUCGUUUAGGUCAUGUACCAAGAGAGGCUCUUCUCUGUGGCUUGACUGGGAAAAUGCUCAUGACAGCUCCCAACCCACAUUGAUUCAUACAUACAUAUAGACAUAUAUAUAUAUAUAUGUCUUACAUAUAUAUAUAUAGAUGUAUAUGUAGCACUAGCUAUUGAAGGAAAUGAUUUAUGUA